CGACCACCUCAAGCUAUUUCACAAUGGGUAUUCUGGAAAAGAUCGCAGAUAUCGAGAGGGAGAUCUCGAAGACGCAGAAGAACAAGGCCACGGAGUACCACUUGGGUCUGUUGAAGGCCAAGUUGGCCAAGUACCGUGUCCAGCUCCUGGAUCCUGGCAAGACUGCCGCCAAGGGAGAAGGAUUCGAUGUCAUGAAAUCAGGCGAUGCCCGUGUAGCUCUGAUCGGCUUUCCUUCUGUGGGCAAAUCCACGCUUCUGAACAAACUAACAAACACACAUUCGGAAGCUGGCGCAUACGAGUUCACGACGUUGACAUGUAUUCCCGGAAAGAUCGAAUAUAACGGCGCAAACAUUCAACUGCUGGAUCUGCCAGGAAUUAUCGAGGGAGCCUCGGCAGGCAAGGGUCGUGGUCGUCAGGUUAUUGCGGUCGCCAGAACCGCAGAUCUGGUCAUGAUCAUGUUGGAUGCCACCAAAUCUGCAGCGCAAAGAGAGUUGCUUGAGACGGAAUUGGAGGCAGUCGGGAUCCGUUUGAACACACGGAGGCCUAAUGUCUAUUUCAAGAUCAAGACGGGAGGUGGCAUCAGCUUUAACGCGACUUGCAAACUCACAGCUCUGACGGACAAGAUGGUGCAGCAUAUUCUUCACGACUACAGGAUCUUCAAUGCGGAGGUGCUCAUCCGCGAGGACAUCAGUGUCGACCAGUUCAUCGAUGUCGUCCUCGGCAACCGCAAAUAUAUCAGAGCCAUCUACUGUUACAACAAAGUUGAUUCAGUUACGAUUGAGCAGGUGGACGAGCUGGCGCGCACGCCGUACACAGUCGUUAUGAGCUGCGAGCUGGACCUCAACAUGGAUUAUCUGGUUGAGACGAUCUGGAAGAACCUUGCCCUAUUACGCGUAUAUACCAAGAAGAGAGGCGAGUACCCAGACUUUGAAGGAGGACUCAUUAUCCGUGCAGGAUCGACAAUUGAACAUGUGUGCCACGCCAUUCACAGGUCGCUGGUGGCAGAAUUCAAGUAUGCGCUUGUGUGGGGUCGAUCUGCUAAGCACAAUCCUCAGCGUGUGGGUCUGUCCCAUUUGGUCGAGAAUGAGGAUGUGAUUCAAGUGGUCAAGCGUCGUUAGAAUAGGGAUCGAGUCAGCGAAUAAUAAAAAAAAAAUACGUAUCCAA